AUGGCACCAAACGGGAGAAGGAAGAGCGUGAGCGGAAGCUUGAUGAAGCCGCCGCCGCCACCGCCACCAAAGCUAGCGAAAGGAUCACUGCAUAGGAGCCAGUCAGACAUAUCGUUGGGUUUCCACAGAGAAGAAGAGAAAGGAGGACUAGGAACGAUAGUGGAGGUGGAGAAGGCAAAGUGCGAGUGUUGCGGGAUGAGGGAGGAGUGCACGAUGGAGUACAUAGAGAGGGUGAGGGAGAAAUUCUUUGGGAAGUGGAUAUGCGGUCUCUGCUCAGAGGCGGUGAAGGAGGAGAGGGAGAAAAGGGACGAGGAUGGGCUUGAAGGGGCCUUGAAGGAGCACAUGAGCGCCUGCCUCAGGUUCAACAAGCUGGGGAGGGAGUAUCCUGCUCUCUACCAAGCUGAUGCCAUGAGAGACAUGCUCCGGAGAAGCACGAGGGGUCAGUCUAUUAGCCCUAAACCCAAUAAGCCCGCCAUUUCCCGUACUUCAAGCUGUAUGCCUGCAAUCACCAGGGACCUUAAUUGAUAUGUAGUAUUAGAUUUAGUAGUCCCAAUUAAGUAAGCGCCAAAAGCUUAAUAUCUAAACACUCAUCGUCAUAUAUAUACUACCCUAAUUAAUAAUAAUAAUAUCGUCCUGUGAUCCUGGCCAAGUGUAAGUUAUAAUAUCAUUCAUAAUUUCAUAUAUAUACAAUAUAUAUAUAUUCGUUAAUUUCAAACACAAA